AUGACUAUCUCUAGUUGGCGAAGUUGUGGUAGCUUCUUUGGUAGAGAAGGUAGGGGUUAUGGUGCUGGAGGUGGUAUAGGAACGGAGAAUGGCGGUGGUUAUGGCAGUUUAGGUGAAGGAUCUGGCUAUAGUAGUGGUUUUGGUGUAGGAGAAGGCAGAGGAGGGGAAGGUGAUGGUGCUGGUGCUGGAAAAGGUGCUAAUGGAGGAUAUGGCCAUGGGAAUGUUUAUGGUGCAGGUGGAAGUGAUGGCUCAUUAGGAGGUGGUGAUGGUGGUAGUGGAGGCGGAGGAGAAGGAGAAGGAUAUGGACAUGGGAAUGGGCAUUGGGUUGGUUUUGGUUUUGAUGGGAAACGGUGGGGUUAA